AUGACUGGCCCACAAAGAGUGCCAACCCCUUACCCUUCCCACCUCCAGACACUAGAGGAAUGUUUCACAGCUGAAAUAAUAGAGAUGCCCACCCCCAUCCGACCCAUCCUAAGCUUCCCUUCCCAACAUGAAUCUGGCAACUCUUCUGUAGAAUUCCUUGAUGAAGGAGGUUUCUGGUACCCAUUUGCACCCUUGCCAAAUGCCACUCGUCAACCAUUCCUGAUCCCAGGUUCUUCAGAAACUUCCAAUAGUGAUGCUAUAGUCCUGCAUCAAUUCCCUGGUCCCCUGGAGAUUCCCCACAACAGCUCGGAAGCUUCCACUGGAUCUUACCACAUUGCCCCUGUACAGGUUUUCCAGUCCUUGUCACCUAUAAAUGUCUCAUCCUCCCCAAAUCCUGACAGUCCUAUUGCCAUAUCCCCUGACUCCCCCAAUAUGCCUCCUCUUGCCUCUGAUGAUUCUGACAACAGUAACCUCAUCAAUGCUCCAAAUCUUUAA